AUGAUGAAGAUGAUAAGUGGUGUUUCCUUGUUCCGAGCCUUGUUUUCCUGGGCCCUAUUUUUCAGUCAUGCCACUUGUAUCUUUGCCUUGGCCAUGAGCCCUACCCGUACCGUACUGGUGACGGGUGGAGCGGGGUACAUUGGCUCUCAUACCUGUUUGGAACUGCUGAAUGCUGCCGAUGGCCAAUACAAGGUCGUCGUGGUAGAUAAUCUCGACAAUUCUUCCGAAGAAAGUCUCAAGCGAGUCCGCGAAUUGACCAGUUGCAAAGAAGGAAGGUUGGAGUUCCGAAAUUGUGAUAUCCGAGAUAAGGAGGGUCUCAAGAGUGUACUCGACGAAUUUCCAGACAUUACUUCCUGUGUCCAUUUUGCCGGCCUCAAGGCAGUGGGAGAAUCCGUCUCGAAACCAUUAAUGUACUACGAUUGCAACAUUGGCGGAACAGUCAACUUGUUGGAACUGCUGCAAAGUCGCGGCAUUGGCAAAUUUGUCUUUUCGUCGUCCGCCACGGUGUACGGGGAACCCGAAAUGCUACCCAUUCGAGAAGAAGCGCGGUUGCAAGCCACCAACCCGUACGGACGCACCAAACUGUUCAUUGAAGAAAUCCUACGAGAUUGUCACGCAUCGGAUCCAGACGCAUGGAAUAUUUUGAUUCUGCGCUAUUUCAAUCCCAUUGGCGCUCAUUCCUCUGGAAAAAUUGGAGAAGAUCCACAGGGGAUUCCCAACAACUUGAUGCCCUUUAUUGCACAGGUCUGCGUGGGUCGACGUGAAAAGCUAUCCGUGUUUGGGAAUGACUACGAUACUCCUGAUGGAACGGGCGUCCGAGAUUACAUUCACGUGGUAGAUUUGGCCAAAGGUCAUGUUGCCGCGUUGGACAAACUGUACAGCGACGAACUCGGCUGCGAAUCGGUCAAUCUCGGUACCGGUCAAGGGGUCUCCGUGUUGGAUCUGGUCAAGGGCAUGGGAGAAGCCACGGGCAAACCAGUGCCGUACGAAAUUUCACCCCGUCGUCCCGGAGACGUUGCCACGGUCUAUGCCGACGCCUUUCUAGCCAAGAAAUUGCUGGGAUGGCAAGCGGAUUUAGGCGUGCCCGAAAUGUGUGCCGAUACAUGGAAGUGGCAAUCGACCAACCCGUACGGAUACAAAGAAGUCGAAGAGCUUCAAGAACAACAAUAA